AUGGCGGCGGCGACGGCGGCGGCGGCGGCGGCGGCCCGUGGGGCCGGGACGAGGGUGGCGGCGGCCCUGCUGGGCGGCUGCGGGAGUGCGGCCCGGGGGUGGCCGCGCGCGGGCCCCGCACGGCCCUUGUGCACAGCACCUGGGACGGCCCCGGACAUGAAAGGCUACCUGUGGGAGCGCUACCGGGAGGCGAAGAGGAGCAAGGACGACUUGGUUCCUUCAAUUAUGAACAACUUGUUGAAUCCAGAUGCCAUUUUCUCAAACAAUGAGAUGAGCCUGUCGGACAUUGAAAUCUAUGGCUUCGAUUAUGAUUAUACCUUGGUGUUUUAUUCAAAGCACCUCCACACGCUGAUAUUUAAUGCUGCUCGGGACCUUCUCAUCAAUGAACACCGGUAUCCGGUGGAAAUCAGGAAGUAUGAGUAUGACCCAAAUUUUGCAAUUCGUGGACUUCAUUAUGAUGUGCAGCGGGCAGUAUUGAUGAAGAUUGAUGCUUUUCAUUACAUCCAGUUGGGAACCGUCUACAGAGGCCUCAGUGUUGUCCCCGAUGAAGAAGUCAUUGAAAUGUAUGAGGGGUCCCACGUGCCCCUGGAACAGAUGAGUGACUUUUAUGGAAAGAGUUCUCAUGGAAACACCAUGAAGCAGUUCAUGGACAUCUUCUCCCUGCCGGAGAUGUCCCUCCUCUCCUGCGUGAAUGAAUACUUCCUUAAGAACAACAUCGACUAUGAGCCUGUCCAUCUGUACAAAGACGUCAAGGAUUCAAUUCGAGACGUGCACAUCAAAGGAAUCAUGUACAGCGCGAUCGAAGCAGAUAUUGAAAAGUACAUCUGCUAUGCUGAGCAGACCCGUGCAGUGCUGGCCAAACUGGCUGAUCACGGCAAGAAGAUGUUCCUCAUCACCAACAGCCCCAGCAGUUUUGUGAACAAAGGGAUGAAGUAUAUUGUCGGAAAAGACUGGAGGGACCUGUUUGAUGUGGUCAUCGUUCAGGCCGAGAAGCCAAACUUCUUUAACGAUAAGCGGAGACCUUUCCGCAAGGUGAACGAGAAAGGUGUCUUGCUCUGGGACAAGAUCCACAAGUUGCAGAAAGGCCAGAUUUAUAAGCAGGGCAAUUUAUAUGAAUUUUUGAAGCUUACUGGAUGGAGAGGAUCCAAAGUGUUGUAUUUUGGUGACCACAUAUACAGUGACCUGGCGGAUUUGACCCUGAAGCAUGGCUGGCGGACUGGUGCGAUUAUCCCGGAGCUGAGAUCCGAGCUCAGGAUCAUGAACACGGAGCAGUACAUUCAAACCAUGACCUGGCUUCAGACCCUGACCGGGUUAUUGGAGCAGAUGCAGGUUCACAGAGAUGCCGAGUCACAGCUGGUUCUGCAGGAGUGGAAAAAGGAAAGAAAGGAGAUGAGAGAAAUGACCAAAAAUUUCUUCAACACCCAGUUUGGAAGCUUGUUCCGCACAGACCAGAACCCGACCUAUUUCCUGAGGCGCCUGUCGCGCUUCGCUGACAUCUACAUGGCGUCUCUGAGCUGCCUCUUGAACUACGAUGUCAGCCACACGUUCUACCCGCGGAGGACUCCGCUGCAGCACGAACUUCCCGCCUGGUCGGACAGGGCCCCCACCUUCAGACUCCCCCUCCUGCAGGAGGCCCACGCCAAGUAACCAGGUGCCCACCUGCGGAAAAAGCCAGAAGCAGGGACAACCCCCAACUGGCUGGACGUGAUGGGGUUGACUUGUGUGCAAAUGAGUGUUGCUUUUGGAAAAGAUACAAAUACGCCUUUUGGUAUUCAUUACCUUACGGAGACUCCUUCCACGUUGUUGAGACAGAAGCAGGCAGCCCACCAGUUCUGCCUUUGCGUUUCUCGUUGGGGCGAGUGGCAAGCUUCAUGUUGAAACCCUGCGAUCAGCCUUUUUGUUUACCAAGGUACUGGAACGGGUGUCCGUGUUUCUGGGCUAGGUGAGCCUUGUUGAUGCCGUCUCUCAAUUCCAGCCGCUGAAGUGUCGCAAAUGUUCUUGACUCUUCCGUGGACAGUGGGCUGACCGUUCACGGGCAGUGCUGUUGGGGACCGCAGGGGCACAGUGCCGGGCGACAGUAAACAGCUUGUGGAAAGCUGAUGGAUGAGUCUGUGAGCUCCAUAAUAACAUCCGUAACAGUAUUGUACGUAGCCUCCAGUGCCCACAUCAUGUGGUACUAGGGCUGUGGCAUCCUGGUGCGUCACUCGAAGGGAGACUCAGCGUCCCUGCAAAAUCUUCUGUGAAAGAACAGAGAAGUUGCAAGUCCUGGACUCGUGGUUGUCCUCAGCUGAGGCCACUUCCCGGGGCCUGCCCCAUGCUGGGAGCACCUGUGGGGUCGCGGGUGAUGGGUGCAUCCACUCCUUCUGCGGGGAAGGAGGGUGAGGAGACCAGAGCUCUGCUUUACUGCAGAACCCGGCUGCGAGAAACAAGCAGGUCGGAGGAACCAGCGCAUUUGUGGUGGCCCCCCCGGGAGUUUAUCCCCCCUGAAAACGCCACCCACGUGUUAGUUUGAUGUGCCCACUGGAGGACAAAAGAUGAAGCAGGCGCAAAAAAUGUCCUUGUAAUGAAAUGCCCCUCCCGGACCCCUGCAGGGUUGUGUUGGAAUCUUGUGAAAACACCUGCAUGACCAGCAGGGGAGGAGGAGGUGGCCCCAUCACUCACUGCUUAGCUUCCCAGCCCUGUCCUCCCCUUAGAUCUCCUCCCUGCCACGUUGGUGUGGCUAUUUUGGGAGCCUGGGUGGUUUUCCUGAGGUGUGUGUUUCAGGUG